GACCACACACUACUUAAAUCUUACAGGUUUGCAAGGAUCUGCCGCCCACUCACUGCAGAGGGCUUGGCUCUGAAGUCCUGAACUCAUUAACUCCAGAGUUCCACCCACAGGCAGCAGCGGGUUCCUCCCCUUAAACUUUCUCCCUCAAGUUCAGUUCAGGACCAUUGCAAUGAAUUCCAGGAGGUCAUUAAAAAGAAACCAAAAAGUUUCACUUUCAGAUUUGAAGGAAAUGUCUGAUUUAAAAAAAAAGUGAUAGCUAAGGUGAUGCAAGAACUCUGGCUGAAUAAAAUCAGAACAUCCUUGGCUUUUAACGUUAAUCCACCUAUGUCCCAUCUGGGGAGUGAGACUGUGUCAGAAUCACACAGCAAAAGAAGGUAGAAGGCGAUACAGGGCAGAAUCAUGAAAGGGUGUCCAUCCUAUCUGAUAUACUCCUUCGGGGGACUUUUGUCCCUAUGGAUUCUUUGUGUAGCUUCCACAAACCAAUGUACGGUGAGACAUGAGGUAGCUGACUGCAGCCAUUUGAAGCUGACACACAUACCUGACAACCUUCCUGCUAAUAUAACAGCGUUGAAUCUUAGCCACAACCAACUCAGAGGCUUACCAUCUACCAAUUUUACAAGAUACAGCCAACUUACUAUCUUGGAUGCAGGGUUUAACUCCAUUUCAAAACUGGAGCCAGAACUGUGCCAAACACUCCCAUCAUUGAAAGUCUUGAAUCUCCAGCACAAUGAGCUAUCUCAGAUUUCAGACAAAACUUUCGUCUUCUGCAGGGACCUGAUAGAACUUUAUCUAAUGUCUAACUCAAUACACAAAAUUAAAAACAACCCUUUCAGAAGCCAGAAGAAUUUAAUUAAAUUAGAUCUUUCACAUAAUGGCUUAUCAUCUACAAAGCUGGGAACUGAGGUCCAACUGGAAAAUCUCCAGGAGCUCCUCUUAUCGAAAAAUAAAAUCUUUGCACUAAGAAGUGAAGAACUCGAUUUUCUUGGAAAUUCUUCUUUACAGAAAUUGGACUUGUCAUCCAAUUCACUUAAAGAGUUUUCUCCAGGGUGUUUUCAUGCAGUUGGAAAGUUAUCUACUCUCCUUUUGAACAACGCCCAACUAGACCUUCACCUCACAGAGAAGCUAUGCUGGGAACUUUCAAACACAAGCAUCCAGAAUCUCUCUCUGGCUAACAACCAGCUUCUUGCAACCAAAGAUACCACAUUCUCCGGACUGAAGCAGACAAAUCUCACCUCGCUUGAUCUUUCCUACAACAACCUGCGUGACAUUGGUAAUGAUUCCUUCUCUUGGCUCCCACACCUCAGGCACCUGUCUCUGGAGUACAAUAAUAUACAGUGUUUGUCUCGUCGUUCUUUAUACGGACUUUCCAACCUGAGGUUCCUGAAUUUGAAACGAGCAUUUACUAAACAAAGUAUUUCACUUGCUUCACACCCCAAAAUUGAUGAUUUCUCCUUUCAGUGGCUAAAAUAUUUGGAAUAUCUCAACAUGGACGAUAAUAAUAUUCCGGGUACAAAAAGCAAUACAUUCACGGGCUUGGUGAGCCUGAAGUACCUAAGUCUUUCGAAAACUUUCACAAGUUUGCAAACUUUAACAAAUGAGACAUUUUUGUCACUUGCUCAUUCUCCUCUGCUCACACUCAAUUUAACGAAAAAUCACAUCUCAAAGAUAGCAAGUGGUACUUUCUCUUGGUUGGGCCAACUCAGGAUACUUGAUCUUGGUCUUAAUGAAAUUGAGCAAGAACUCACCGGACAGGAAUGGAGAGGUCUGAGAAAUAUAUUUGAGAUCUACCUGUCCUAUAACAAAUACCUCCAACUGACUAGUAACUCCUUCGCUCUGGUUCCCAGUCUCCAAAGACUGAUGCUCAGGAGGGUGGCACUUAAAAAUUUGGAAGUCUCCCCUUCUCCUUUCCACCCUCUUCGUAACUUGACUAUUCUGGACUUAAGCAACAACAACAUAGCCAAUGUAAAUGAGGACUUGUUGGAGGGUCUUGAGAAUCUAGAAAUUCUGGAUUUUCAGCACAACAACUUAGCAAGGCUCUGGAAGCAUGCAAACCCUGGAGGUCCUGUUAAUUUCCUGAAGGGCCUAUCUCACCUCCACAUCCUGAACUUAGAGUCUAAUGGCUUUGACGAAAUCCCCGUGGAGGUGUUCAAGAACUUAUUUGAACUAAAGAGCAUCAAUCUAGGAUUGAAUAAUUUAAACAUACUUCUACCAUCUAUUUUUGAUGACCAGCUGUCUCUGAGGUCAUUGAACCUUCAGAAGAACCUCAUCACAUCAGUUGAGAAGGAUGUUUUUGGGCCAGCUUUCCAAAACCUGAGUAGUUUAGAUAUGCGCUUUAAUCCAUUUGACUGUACAUGUGAAAGCAUUGCCUGGUUCGUUAGCUGGAUUAACCAGACCCAUACUAACAUCUCUGAGCUAUCCACUCAUUACCUCUGCAACACUCCACCUCAAUACCAUGGCUUCCCAGUGAUGCUGUUUGAUACAUCAUCCUGUAAAGACAGCGCCCCCUUUGAGCUCCUUUUCAUGAUUAAUACCACUGUGCUCCUGGUUUUUAUACUUAUGUCAUUGCUCAUUCACUUUGAGGGUUGGAGGAUAUCUUUUUACUGGAAUGUUUCAGUUCAUCGGGUUCUUGGCUUCAAGGAAAUCGAAGCACAGCCUGAACAAUUUGAAUAUACAGCAUACAUAAUUCAUGCCCAUAAAGAUAGUGACUGGGUUUGGAAACACUUCUCCCCCUUGGAAGAACAAGACCAAUCUCUCAAAUUUUGCCUAGAAGAAAGGGACUUUGAAGCAGGUGUCCUUGGACUUGAGGCAAUCGUCAAUAGCAUAAAAAGAAGCAGAAAAAUUAUUUUUGUUAUAACAUACCAUCUGUUAAAAGACCCUCUGUGCAGAAGAUUCAAGGUACACCAUGCAGUUCAGCAAGCUAUUGAGAAAAAUCUGGAUUCAAUUAUAUUGAUUUUUCUUCAGGAUAUUCCAGAUUAUAAACUAAACCAUGCACUCUGUUUACGAAGAGGAAUGUUUAAAUCUCGUUGCAUCUUGAACUGGCCAGUUCAGAAAGAACGGAUAAAUGCCUUUCAUCAUAAAUUGCAAGUGGCACUUGGGUCACGAAAUUCAGCACAUUAAAAUUAUUUGGAGAUUAAAUUGAUAGAUAGAUCCAAUUUAUAAAGGCCUAUCAUAAAUCUGAGUUUUACUUGAAAGUUUCAUGUUUAUUUAUAUGUAUAAAUGAUGAUAUUGUAUCAUAAUUGAAUCUCAUGUUUUAAAGUAUUUUUUAUUUCAGGCCUCUCAUCAACAGUUGGUUUAUUCAUUCAUUCCAAAUAAAUACUUGAACAGUUAAAAGCAUCCUCUAUUUUUUGAGUUCGCAGUUGAUAUUUGAGGUAUAUCACAGCUUCAAAGGGGUUUUAAAAUAGUCUUUACUAAAACCGAGAAUUUUAUAGGUAUAAUUUUUUAAGAUGGAGUUUUCCUGUGUAACCCAGGCUGCCCUGGAAAUUACUAUGCUAAAAUCUGAUCUUGAAGACAUGAAAUCACAGAAAUAUGCCCGUCUCAGUCUCCAGAGCGAUGUUUUUAAAGGUGUGUGCCACUACACUCAGCUACAUGAGAUUUUAUAAUACUCACAUUUGGAAACAUUUAUAGAAGGAAAGAUAUCUGAUUUUAUGAUACAAGCCUACUUCAAUGCUAACAGAGUAAAAUAUUAAGAGUUUUUUUUAUUUGGAAGCUUUGUGUUUUAUUUUGAUGUUGGUUUUGAGAACUGUUAGGUAGUUUUUAAACCUGCAUACCCAAGAGAAGAAUAUUUUCAUAAUCUUCACAGUGUAACAGGCCCCUAGACCGUAACACAGCUGACCCCAUGGUGGAGGUACUAUUUAGGUCAUACAACUCAGUAUGAAGAUAGCACCAUCAGCCAAGAUGAAAAUGAAGGCCAAGUUCAUCAGUCCAUAGUUCUGGGAAGUCUCUAAAUGUACUCACCUUGCUUUUUGGCUUCUGUAGUUCUGCUUCUGGCUAACCAUUCUUCUUAAGUGAAGUAUGUCAACACAGACUAAGUUCUUUGUGCUUAAAAGCUCACUCUGAGAAAGACUCUGGGAUAUCUACUCUGUAAUCACAAACACUGGCUGGCUAAUAAAGACUUCCUAUUGGCUUAAA